AUGUCUUAUUAUUCCCAGAAUGUAUAUAGCCAACCUCCAUCAUCAAGCAGUGGCCUUCAAUUUUUACCCACACAGUUUAGUUCUUCUACUCAAAGUAGUUCUACCUCACAAGGUAUGAUGUCUGGACAAGGUACCGGAUCAUAUAGUGGGUAUGGAGAGGGAGUAAGAGAACCUCUAUCGACAGGCAUUUUAGCAGCAUUUGGUACCCAAGGAUAUUCUGAUGAACCUCCAUUGCUGGAAGAACUUGGAUUUAAUUUUUCACACAUCAAGCAAAAGACCUUAACUGUUUUAAAUCCAUUCCAGGAAAUUGAGCAAAAUAUUAUGGAUGAUUCGGAUCUCGCUGGCCCUAUUCUAUUUUGUUUAUUAUUUGGAACCUUUCUUUUAUUGUCGGGGAAAAUACAUUUUGGCUAUAUUUAUGGUGCUGCUUUAAUUGGAACGCUAUCUUUAUACGCAAUUCUUAAUUUAAUGUCUUUAACGAAAUCAAUUGAUUUUAUUCGAGUGGCGAGUGUCCUUGGCUAUUGUCUUCUUCCACUUGUUGCAAACAGUAGCCUUGCAGUUUUUUUAUCUAUGGAUAACGCAAUUGGGUAUGCCGUUUCUUCUCUAGCUAUACUAUGGUGCACCUAUUCCUCAUCAGCAAUAUUUGUUGCUGUACUUCAACUAUCCGAAAUGAGAGUUCUUGUUGCAUACCCCCUUAUUCUUUUUUACGGUGUUUUUUCUUUCAUGACUAUUUUUGCCGAAAAUAGCACUAAAAUCUGA